UGAUUUGACGUCGCUGGUGUAAAGGACUUGGUUCACCUGUCGUCCUUGCACCCACUACAUCAAGAAAUGUUCUUUUCUUCUUACCUCGACAGGUUGAGGACGUCUAUGUGCAGGGGGUUAUGGCGAUGCAUUAUCUGUGGAUCACUUGGGUGGGCAAAUUUGGACGCGACACCAGGUCCUGCACUAUAAAGAUAUGGCUAAGGUUGUGGCUACAUACUCACCUUUGACGUGACCCAUUUGGCUCCUGCUGCAGUGAGGAGCGAGCUGCGUGCUGAGAUAACCCAGAGACCCCGUUGCGGUAGUGCUGGUGGAUAUUCCAUUUGCUUAUUGCUGAUCUCCUCUUUGCGAGGUUGGAGCUUCGGGCUGGCUAACACUGGAUUGGAGUUUUUGAGUUUCCGGCACUGUUCUAGCAGUUGCUGGAUGCUUCUGAGCUGAUUCUCGCGGUGUUGCUGAUAGAUGCUUCAUACUGAUCAUUUUAUCCACGCAACAAUCUUGGCAUCGACAGGCACAGACAGUUCAAUGCCGCAACCGUCGCGGCUCAAUAACCUUUUGAAAUAUAGAGGCAAGUGAAACUGCUACAGCCUUGCUGUCUUGUCUUGUCAAGCACCUGGCGACAAGAACGUUGGAUUUAUUUCAUUUGGACUCCAUGGCUAGCUAUGCCUCUCAUCGCCGACAUGUAUCUGGAAUCCUUCUUGCAGCGAUGUCGAUUUGUGUGUUUGCCCGAGGAGCCGCUUUUGCGAUCGGCAAUAAGGACCCCGCUUCCUCCAGCUCUUUUCCAUCAGCUCUGUACCAUCCUUUCAGGCCAUGGCCAACAGCUGCCACCGAUACUGUGUCUAAGGUGCUCGUGAAGGACCCGAUCGUCGACAUACAGUACCACAUGGGCCCUGUGCUCACGUCGGCGAUCCGCGUCUACAUAAUCUGGUACGGUGCGUGGAAAAUCUCCCAGAAGAGCAUAAUCCGAGAUUUUCUUGCCUCCAUCUCUGCGCCUGCAUCCGUGCCCUGUCCAUCAGUGCGGCAAUGGUGGUCCACGGUGCAGACUUACACGGAUCAAACAGGCGCCAACAUCAGCGCAUCCAUCGUAGUGGCUGGCGAGCACGAAGACCGUAAUUACUCCCACGGGAAGCUUCUCUCGCGUCUGAGCGUGCAAGAGGUCAUCCGUAGCGCCCUGGCUGAGAAUCAAGGGACUCUCCCGGUGAAUACCAAGGGUGGCCUCUACAUGGUCCUCACGAGCGAGGACGUGAUGAUGCAAGACUACUGCCGAGCCGUGUGUGGAUUCCACUACUUCACGUUCCCGGCGAAGGUCGGCUACACACUCCCCUAUGCGUGGAUCGGAAACUCGGGCAAAUCGUGUCCAGAAGUGUGUGCCUUUCCGUUUGCGAUCCCGGCGUUCAUGGGGGAGUCUUUCGCCCCGCUUAAGAGCCCCAACAACGACAUUGGCGUGGACGGCAUGGUGAGCGUCAUCGGUCACGAGCUCGCCGAAAUCUCCAGCAACCCGCUGAUCAAUGCCUGGUACGCGGGGAAGGAUCCAUCUGCUCCCUUCGAGAUUGCAGAUCUCUGCGAGGGGAUGUAUGGGUAUGGCGCAGGAGGUGGGUACCCAGGCGAUGUGCCGACUUCGACGUAUGGCGCGAGCUAUAAUGUGCAUGGCGUGCGAGGCCGGAAGUUUUUGGUGCAGUGGCUGUGGAAUGCCGACAUGAACUCCUGUCAAGGUCCUGUUUGAAGACCAGCAAGACUGUCACCGCAGCUCAUUCGCCUCAGAUCUAAAUUCCUGUCGGUAGAUGCUGCUGAGCUUCAUACUGAUUCCGAAUCUACUUGAUUGGGUGAGACCUUGUGAUUCAAUUUCGGAAAGCUUGUCCCCCUGGUUGCUUGCAAUCAGUCGGUGUCGGUAAAUGUAGAGCAGAUUGCGAGACCUUUCUCUUCUUCUUCUUUUUCUUCUUCUGCAGUUUUGAAUCGGAUUCUCUCGGAUAUCAAGUAAUUCCUUGUUGAAGAUGAUGGAUUAAUGGAUCGGUUAAUUCUCUUCACAAAGCUUGAAUUUGUGUUCCCGUUUCCAGAUAGUCCCUUCCCCUGUGGCCAUGACCCUCCUCUCCGUUGGCAGGCUGGUUUAGUAGGGUUUUGUAACGGAUGGAUGAGAGGAUGGGCGGAUUGUGGAUGAAAUUUAUUCGUCCUCAUUCAACCUCAUGCAAAUUGGCACUUGGUUUAAAUCAUUCACCAAGGUCUUAAUAUGAUCAAUCAUAUGACCUCACUUUCUACAUCGUAUUAAAGUAGGAUCAAGUCUACUAAUGUAUUUUUUGGAAUAAAAUUUAUCUCUAGAAA